CGUCAGGAGCCUCAGAUACACAUGAUGCCUACUCCGGGUGUGCCAAGAUCAUGCACUCAACAAGCCAAUGAACCUUCCAACACUGCCUCACAUGGUGUGCAGAGUGAUCCAGCUAUUGUAGCUCCCAGUCGAGCAGGAUCUUGUGGGGAAAGACAAACCACAUCUAAUAGUACUCAAGAUGCUCAGGGUCAAGGAACAUCCACUAUCACUGGUCACUCUAGCACAAGUGCUCCGAAGCUCAGAUAUGAUGGUGCCAAAUGUUGGCACCCACCUAAGCCUGGAUUGAAGCGUAUUUCUCAGGUUUUUAGGGAAAACUACAACAAGCCUUGGCUGAGUUUUGAUGAGGCAGAUGAUGAUACUCGAAAAAUAUGGUGGACUGAGUGGAGGAAAUGCUUUGACAUUAUUGAUACGGAGGAGGAUGAUAUCUAUCAAGCUUGGAGGUUUAGGGAUGCCAAGCGCUUGCGAGGUAUGCUCCAUGCCAUUCGCAAAAAAGGUGUCCGUCCAUAUUGGAUCCCACCAGAAGUUCUUGGUGAAUUGAUGAGACAUUGAAACACUGAUGCAUAUAGACAA